AUGAAGUGGCUAAUUGUUCUAACCGCUUGCCUUUUAGGCAGCUCAAUCGCCUCCGCCAACGAAGUUGAUUGGUCUAAAGUGCGUUCGUUAGAUGUGUACCCAGCAAUUCCAAUUAAUCCACGCAUGCCUCUCGGAGGUCCUGAAGGACGUAUCACUAAUGGAAAUGUGGCGGCAGCGAAACAAUUUCCUUAUCAGGCCGGUUUAUUGCUAUAUUUUGAAGACGGUGCUUCGUGGUGUGGCGCCAGUUUGAUCUCUGAUCGUUGGCUACUGACAGCAGCACAUUGCACAGAUGGCGCUCUUGGUGUCGAUGUAUAUUUGGGCGCUUGGAAUCGCACGGAUAAAACGGAGAAGCAUCAACAUAUAAUCUACGUUUCUAAUAGAAAUAUAAUUGUUCAUGAAACCUAUGAUGGAGUUGCUAUAGUCGAUGACAUUUCACUUAUAAAACUACCCGUCUCCAUUGAAUUCAACGACUACGUUCAACCUAUUGCUUUGCCUAAAGUAGCGGAAACAUACGAUACCUAUGUUGGUAAACAAGUGAUCGCAUCUGGUUGGGGAAAGAUUAGCGACAGUAGUAGAGGCGCCACUGACGUACUGCGCUUUAUUGAAGUGCCUAUUUUGGAGAAUAGGGUAUGCAACAGAUGGUUCCUUGGCUCGGUAAAAUCAACAAAUAUCUGCAUUAAGACUACUGGUGGUAUUUCCACAUGCAAUGGUGACUCCGGUGGUCCGUUGGUGUAUAACGAUGGUGAAAGCACUGUCCUGAUUGGUGCAACAUCCUUUGGCAUUCGACUUGGCUGUGAAAUGGGCUGGCCAGGUGUAUUCACCCGUGUUACCUCGUACUUGCCUUGGAUUGAAGCAAAAUCGGGAAUUUCUAGCAAAUAAAAUGUAAAAAUACUGAAAUUGGUGAUAA